GAAGCCUUUUGGCGGUUUAAGAUGGCGGCGGCCGGCGGCGGGGAGCGAGGGGAGGACGCGGGGGCCGGCCCUGCGACAGACGAGGCGACUCCGGGUCGCGGGCAGCUCUUCGACACCGUCGUGGAGACCUUUCUGGAGAAGCUGGUGACAGCGGGCAGUUAUCAGAGGUUUGCAAACUGCUACCAUCGCUUCUACAAACUCCAGCCUGAAAUGACCCGGGGUAUUUAUGAUCAGUUUAUAUUUCAGUUGCAGACUUCUAUUCGGGAGGAGAUUCGUGAGAUCAAGGAAGAGGGGAACCUCGAGGCACUCUUUAACUCAUUGGAUAAGAUUGUGGAGGAAGCAAAGAAUCGGGAAGAGCCUGCAUGCAACAUCCCUGUUGCUGGCAGGCGCCCCAGUGGGAUCCCCGAGGAGGACGUUCGCAGUGCCAUGGUGCCAUACUACCUGAAGCACGCAGCACAGCUGCAAAAGCUCCUGAAAGCGAAGAAGGAGGAAAACAGGAAGCUGGUGGAGUCCGUCCUGGCUGGGCGGGAGCGGAUCGCAGAGCUGCAGCAGCGGAUACAGAGUCGAAAGCAAGCCUGGCAGGCAAUCAGCAAAGAGCAGAGAGAACUGAUCGCGGCAUUCAAGGAGCCCGAGUGAGAAAGCAGGGGAAAGACUUUCACAACCGGGUCUCUGUCGGCAAAGCCUCAAGGACGUUUGGGGAGGUGGAAUGCUUCCGAAGCGCACAGACAGCAUUUACAGCUCUGAAAACUGGAUGUUGCUUUCUCUUGCCGAAGAGAAAUCACCUGUUUGAGGAUCUCGCAUUCCCCAAUGAUCACUGGGUGAUUUAUGACUAAUGUGCCUUGAAACCAAUGAACCAGGUAGGGUUUGGGGGAAAAGUCCUUUCUUUUAACACAGACUAGUUAUAAGCACGUAUGUUAGCAUUACACCUGCGUUGCCUAAAGCCGUAGCAUUGCCUUAUCCAGCAAGCAAACAAUGACCCACGCUGCAAGCUUGAAAAGAAAGGAACUUUCAGUGCUGGGCUGCCAUCAACCGAACUGUUUAUAGAUGCCAGACAGCACGCGAGCAGCUGCACCAUCCGCUUGCAGCCAUGCCACCAUGGCACGUGGGGGGCCAGCUUGGAAACGGGCACAUUGACGUAAUAAAAACAUAUGUUGGUAA